AUGGCAUGUCUUCUACACAAAGCUGUUCACGUCUUCGUGCUGGCUCGGUGGCUGACGCCGCAGGUGACUGGCCAGGGGCAGCCAGUCCAGCUGGACUUGGCUUCCGAUGCAUUUGAUGAUCAGUAGGAGGGCUGUGUAGAGCAAAUGGAGAAGAUGGCACCCCAGCUGUUAGAGGAAGAGCUGCAGGUGAAUAAAGACUUCGGAGUUCAAUGGGCAAAGGCGGAGACACAGUGGAACCAGAUAAAGAAUAAAAUAAGCCAUUCCUCCAAAUUAAGUGAUUUCCAGGGAACGGCUCUAGUGGCCUACACUGGGGUCACAGCGAAGGAUUUUAAUAGUGCCGUAAGAGAAUUCUUUCCGAAUCAAUGGAACUUUCAGUCUAAAGCCUUCCAUUAUUAUCUGACAAGAGUGCUUCAGCUUCUCGCGACAGGGGAGUGCCAGAGAGUGUACAGAGGCUCUCACACCCGGUUCUCUUACAGCGGGUUGGGAAAUGUACGCUUUGGGCAAUUUACUUCAUCAUCUUUGAGUCAAAAUGUAGCUACUUCUUCAGUGUUUCUUGGUGAAAACAGGACCCUGAUUAUCAUCACAUCAUGCCUGGGGGUUGAUAUCAAAGCAUUCUCUGUGUAUCCUCGCGAAGAGGAAGUGCUGAUUCCAGGGUAUGAAGUGUAUCAGAAAGUCUCCGUGUCUAGAGAAGCUAACAAAAAAUAUAAUGUGAUUUUGCUGGAAUCUCCCAAAAAAAUGAUGAGUAACUUCAAUUGCUUCUACACUGAAAGGUGA